AUGCUUGAUGUAGCAUCUCUGGAUAAGCCUUCAGCUCUUCAAGACAUUUUAACCGGAGAAAUGAUCCUUUUAUCCUCAAAGGAUUUUCACCGGCAAGGUCAUAAGGAGCGUGCACUAGCCAUGCUGCAUCAAAUGAUUGAAGAUGCUCAUAUGGGGAAGAGACAGUUUCUUAGCGGUAAGCUCCACAAUUUGGCAAGAGCUCUAGCCGAUGAAGAAACAGAGAGGGAACAGGUUAAGGAGGAUGGCUCACGUUCUGACAGGAAAGGAUUGUUACUGUACAGCAGAAAUGGUGUUAUUGGGCUUGGGUUGAAAAUCUUGAAGCAGCUUCUGAUAACUUCAGCAGCUGGUGACAACAAUAUACCUUCUGGUGGAUAUGAUGUCAAGGAAACUGGAAAAAGAUUAUUCGGGACGUUCAGCUCCAGAAUGACCACAUUUCUAUCACAAUUUGUUCUCUACCUUGCUGCCAUUGGGGACAUUGUUGAUGGGACUGAUACCACUCAUGAUUUCAACUACUUCUCACUAGUGUAUGAAUGGCCUAAAGACCUUUUAACUCGUCUAGUGUUUGAGCAAGGCAGUACCGAUGCAGCUGAAAAGGCAGCAGAAAUUAUGAAUGCUGAUUUUGUUCAUGAAGUGAUUUCUGCUUGUGUGCCUCCAGUUUAUCCUCCAAGAUAUGGUCAUGGUUGGGCUUGCAUCCCAGUAAUUCCUACACACACUGAGAAUUUCUCUGAAAAUAGAGUAAUAUCCCCUUCAUGCAGAGAGGCCAAGCCUGGGUCUUUCACCCCUUCCUCAGGGGAUGUUGAAUUACCUCUUUAUCCUCUCCAAUUGGAUAUAGUGAAGCAUCUCAUCAAAUUAUCCCCAGUUAGAGCUGUAUUAGCAUGCGUCUUUGGAAGUUCUAUACUUUAUCGUGGCAGGGAUACUACUGUAUCUAGAUCUCUGAAAAGUUGCUCGUUACAAACUCCUGAUGCUGAUAGGUUAUUCUUUGAGUUCGCACUUGACCAAUCUGAGAGGUUCCCUACCCUGAAUCGCUGGAUACAGAUGCAGACCAAUCUUCAUCGAGUCUCAGAAUUUGCGAUAAUGGCUGAUCACACAACGAGGGAUGGCAAAGAUGUACCUGAAUGCAAAACUGCUAUGAAGCGAUUUCGUGAUCAUGAUAGUGAUGCUGACUCUGAAGUUGAUGAACUUGCUGGUAGUAAUAAUAUAUCAAUAAAUGCCCAGGAGAUCAAGAAAGAAAUGGGAGGAUCUUCUGAUCCUUGGCACGAUUCCCUAAAAUCCGAAAGUUCUGAUUGUACUACAGUUUUUCUUUCUUUUGAUUGCGAGAAUGAAGGCCCAUAUGAGAAAGCUGUGGAACGGUUGAUUGAUGAAGGAAAAUUGAUGGAUGCUCUUGCCAUUUCUGAUCGUUUCUUGCAAAUUGGAGCCUCAGAUCGGUUGCUUCAGUUACUAAUUGAACGCGGAGAGGAAAAUAUAUUGUCUGGACAGUCUCAAGGUUACUCAGGCAACCAUAAUUGGAGCCAUAGCUGGCAGUACUGUCUGCGUUUGAAGGAUAAACAAUUGGCAGCUAGACUUGCACUCAAGUAUGUCUAUAAGUCUCUUUUUCUUCUGUUGAGUUCUUUAUUAUGUGUAAAAUGGAAGUGA